AUGAGUUAUGAGAAAAUCCACGCAUGUCUCAAUGAUUGCAUCUUGUAUAGGAAGGGUUAUGAAGAUUCAACUAAUUGUCUUACUUGUGGUGUCUCAAGGUGGAAGGAAGGCAAAUAUUCAAUCUUGAAAGAGGGUGUGCCAGCGAAGGUGGUGUGGUAUUUUCCUCCAAUUCCAAGGUUUGAAAUGAUGUUUCAAUCACAUAAGACAGCUAAGAGUUUGACUUGGCAUCCUACUAGAAAAUCAGUUGACAAUCAAAUGUCUCAUCCACCGGAUUCCCCGUCUUGGAAACUUGUUGAUGAUAAAUGGCCUGAGUUUGGUAAAAAGCCGAGAAACUUGAGAUUGGCUCUCUCAUCUAAUGGAUUCAAUCCCCACAGUUCUUUAAGUAGCAGAUAUAGUUGUUGGCCAUUUAUCUUAGUUACAUAUAAUCUCCCAUCAUGGCUAUACAAGAAACGGAAGUUCAUGAUAUUGACCUUAUUGAUUUCCGGUCCUAAACAGCCUGGAAAUGAUAUAGACGUCUACUUAGAGCCUUUGAUUGAUGAUUUAAAAUCUCUGUGGGAUGGGAUUAGAGGAGUGUAUGAUGCACAUAUAGGAGAAUACUUUACACUCAGAGGUGAAUUAUUGUUGACAGUUAAUGAUUUUCCUGCCUAUGAGAACUUAUAUGGUUGUGUCGUUAAAGGAUAUAAAGCUUGUCCAAUAUUCGGCGAUGAUACACCUAGUCACAUGUUGAAAAAUGGUCACAAAAUUUGUUACAUUGGGCAUAGAAAAUGGUUACCAAUCAAUCAUCCAUAUCGGAGGCAGCAUGUAGCUUUUAAUGGGAAACCCGAAUAUGGCACGCCUCCCAAGCCAUUAAACGGAGAAGAAGUGUUGCACAUUGUUGAAGAUAUUAAUUACACAUGGGGCUCGAAAAACGAGGGAAGCGUUGGUGAGAAUGAUGGUGACAGAGUUUGUUGGAAGAAGAAAUCAAAAUUCUAUGAUCUCGAGUAUUGUAAAUACCUUCAUGUGAGGCAUGUCCUAGAUGUUAUGCAUAUUGAGAAGAAUGUUUGUGAUAGUAUCAUUGGUACAUUGCUGGAGAUCCCUAGAAAAAAUAAAGAUGGGAUUGCUGCUCAGUUAGAUUUAUUGAACAUGGGGGUCAAAACUGAUUUGCAACCCGAGUAG